GGCUAGACCAUUCCAACCGGCUAUAUAAAGCCCCUGACGGAGGGCUUGAAAAAUUUUAUUCUUUUUUCGGCACCAAAGCAACGCGCAGAGAUUAAUCAUUUAAUCAUAGAUAUGCGUAAAUCGAUAAUUAUUUUGGCGCUUUUUGUGGCGAUGCUGGAAAGUUCCCAGGCGGCCUUUAACUGCUCGGCCCCGCCGAGUUUCAGCAACUACGACAUUAACACAUGCUGUCGCACCCCGGAACUGGAUAUGGGGGAUGUGCCGCAAAAGUGCCACAAAUAUGUUAGUGGCCUCAAGUCAGCCAACUCCAAGUAUCCCAGCUACGCACAUUUGUGUUAUCCUGAUUGUAUUUAUCGGGAAACCGGAGCCAUGGUCAAUGGCAAAAUCAAAAUGGAGAGGGUUAAGCAGUAUCUGGAGCAGCAUGUUCAUCGAAAGGACCAGGACAUUGUUUCCUACAUAGUGCGCUCCUUUGAGUCUUGUCUGGGCAACAUCAAAGGCCACAUGAGGUCGGCCAAUAUUGAGUCCUACAAGGUCCUGCCGCAUGGCUGUUCUCCUUUCGCCGGAAUGCUCUACAGCUGCGUGAAUGCCGAGACUUUCCUCAACUGCCCCUCGAAGAUGUGGAAGAAUGAACGCCCCUGCAAUGUGGCCAAGGAGUUCGCCCUCCAGUGCAACCCCCUGCCCCAUGUUCCUCUUCCCAGCAGUUGA